AUGGCGGCACCAGUAAACAUAGAUGUCCCGAAGCUGAUACUGGACAAUGGAGGGGGGUUGAUCAAGGGAGGCAUCCUGCCAAGUUAUUCCCAGAUGAAAGAUUCACAGUUUAAUGAAAUUGAACCAAAGUUCAUAGUCCCUAAUUGUGUUGGACAAGUGAGAAAGAAAAACAUAAUCCACAUAAGUGAUAGUUGCUAUAGUAUAUGUGAGUACUUCUGCCACAGACCCCAUGUGGAUGGGUUGCUAAUGGAUUUGGAAAUGCAGACGAAGAUAUGGGAGAAGAUUUUCUCUUGCAAGCAGAGUAUUGGAUUCAAAAUUAAUGACAUGGCCAUCUGUGUUACAGAAUCUUAUCUCACCCCAGCGUACAUAAGACAGGGAGUUAUAGAGCUCCUGUUCGAAUAUUUCAACUUCAAUCAAAUAAUUGUUGUGUCGUCUCAAACGAUGUUGCCUUUUUCUUUUAUUGGACUUAACCUGGGACAAUAUGAUAUUUUAAACCCUCCUGUUUUUUCCUACCGAAAUGGGAGAGGCACGAAGGGUGAGUCAUGCAGGAGGGGAAGGAAAGGAAGUAAAUGCGUCAAGGGGAAGAACCACAAUCUUAAGGAUGACAUAAAUGGAGAGGGAGAUGGAGAUUGUGCUAAUAAUCAUAGCUACUUGAAGAAUGAGGUGGAUAAAUGGCCAGCUGGUGAAUUGCAGGAUGAUUUGGAGGAGGAAAAGGAAGAGGGUGGAUUGGGUAUUUGUAGCCGCAGUGACAUCUUCAGUGAGGUUAAGAAGGAGAUUGUUGAGCUUGGGAACGGAAUAGCACAGGACGAAUGUACCAGUACCCCUCAGAAGAACGAGAUACCUGAACAGGAUGAGCCUCCCACGGAAAACAACGCAUUAAGUAACAGACACAUCUUCGUGAGAGAUAUCGAAUGCUACAAUAAGUACACGCACCGAGUGUACCUGGAGGAGCGCUUUCGAGGGGAGAACUGGCAGGAGUACCACUUUGGUCGCUUUUUCAACUGUGGCGAUGGGCACAUCCCCGGGAAUGGAGUGGUGCGCACGUUACAGAGCAACAACUACAUGGGUAACAGCUUCGCCGUCCAGGAUCCCAAUUUUUUACUACCCGACCAAAUCGAUCUGCACAACAGGUAUUAUGAACCAAACUUUAGGGAUCUCCAUAAUUUCCAAAGCCAUUUUAACAAUGCCUAUGUUGAUAGUUUCUACAGUGAAGUUCUGAACGGGAACUACAACUUAUCUUUGAGGAAUCCCUGCGCCUUGUAUGUAGAUGUAGGGUUCUCUCACACAUAUGUGUUACCUUACAUAGAAUAUAAGGUUAUUGAAUACGCCAUCCUAAGGACCAAGGUGUCUGCUUCUAUCUUAAACACCUACUUGAAGAAUGUCCUCUCCUACAAACACGUGAAUCUGGAACACAACGAGUUACUUGUGGAAAACAUAAAGGAGCGGGCCUGCUACGUGUCGUUGGACUACGAUCAGGAUUUACAGAACGAGAAGAGGCGCCUGGAGGAAGUCAAGCGGCAGAGGAUUGCUGAUAAACUGGGUGCGCGGGAGGAGUUACUACUGAAGGAGGAGCUAGCCAAAACUAAUGGAGAGUCGCACCAGAAGGAGGAGCUAGCCAAAACUAAUGGAGAGUUACACGAGAAGGAGGAGGAGGACUUCAAGAGGCAAACCGGUGAGGGAGAAGACUCUUGCGAGAACGGCCUUCUCAACGAGGUACCUGUAGAGGGGAAGGUACACUUUGGAGUGGGCCAUGAGAAGAGGAAAAUAAAACUGGAGGAAAUAAAUACCAGUUGCAAGGACGGGAAGAACCCCAAUGUGGAUGAUAUCACUGAGAAGAAUGGUGAUAAAAAAAAAAAAAAGCGGACACAGCCUCACCUCUUUUACAGUUAUAAGCUCAUCGACUACAACAAUGCGUCAAAGAGGGAGAUCAGCGAAGUGUACGACACGCUGAGGACCAACUGUUCGAAUGACUGCAUUUAUGUGGACUCCGACUUGGAUGACCAGAUGGAGUUUGCCAACUAUUCUGAAGGUAGUGACAUACAGAAGGUUGAAGUGAGUAACGAAAAAAAAAAGCUUAAAUAUGAUGAGAGGUGUCACGACGGAAGCAGUCAUAAGAGCCUACACGAGGGUGAUCUCCGACGAAGGGAGUUACCAAACGAUCUUAGCGUAAAGGGAAGACACACAGAAGCGGAGUAUAAAAACGAUAUAAUUAAUUUAACGAAUGAACGAAUAGGAAUUCCAGAAGUUCUUUUCAAUCCAAGAGACAUAAACCUAGAACACUGUAGCAUCGUGGAGCUGAUCUACAGGUGCAUCUCGUUACUCCCUAAGGAAAUCCAAAGGUACUUUGUGGCCCAGAUAUACAUCUCAGGUGGUUCUACUAAAUUCAAGAAUUUCAAGCACAGACUGUACAAGGAACUACGUGCUAUAUUUCCAAGCGAAUGGGAAAUUAACAUUUACUCUCAUCGGAAUAGUCUGUACAGUAACUACAUUGGCACCUACGUUUGGCUGAGCGAUCAGAACAUCUACAAAUACAACGUAAUAACCCGGGAGCAGUACUUCAACUACGGAAGGGGCACCUAG